AGACUGUACACAACAACACCUUUUACCAACAAAUGCAAGGACAGAUCAUAACGGACAAAUUCAGGAGCAGGUUUCAGCAAGGCAACGUAUUUUUUUCAAAGUAUACUAACUAUUGUCAAAGAAAAGAUGGCGAUUGAGAGGAGAAAUCAUUGGUCUGGAAUGAUGGGAAGCCACACAAGGAAAACAUGAAUGGAUUACUGAUAACCCUGAGGAUUGGAGCAACCAUACUUGUACUUGCAAUGGAAUAUUUACUAUGCCAGUACCAGGACUCCUCGGACAUUGGAAAAGUGAUCAAGGGUGUUGACAUCAAACUCAUUGCCCUUGCAUAUGGGAUCUGGCGACCAUGCUGACCAGUUCUGCACCAGCAAAAACAUUGGAACUCAGACUUAUAACAAGGUCUGCGGUCAAGUCUGUAGCACCAUGUCACAGCUUGUUGGGGCUUCACUGGGGGACAACAGCUCAGCAUUGGAAACAGAGUAUCAGCCACAGUGGGCUUCAUUGCUCAUCAUCAUGGUCAUCAUACCCACAAUCGGAGGAAAUAUUUUGGUUAUUCUGGCCGUUUCACUGGAGAGGAAGCUGCAGAACGCCACAAAUUACUUUCUGAUGUCACUGGCCGUGGCUGAUUUAUUGGUGGGACUUCUUGUGAUGCCCAUUGCUCUCAUUACCGUUCUAUACAACUCUGGCUGGCCUCUACCAGACUUCAUAUGCCCCAUUUGGCUCUUCUUGGACGUGCUGUUUUCUACUGCUUCUAUUAUGCAUCUUUGUGCCAUUUCGCUGGAUCGCUACAUUGCUAUCAAAAAGCCAAUCCAGCACAGCCAGAACAAAUCCAGAGCCAAAGCAUUAGUCAAAAUUGGAGUGGUGUGGCUCAUUUCCAUUGGUAUCGCGAUGCCAAUACCAAUUAAAGGUCUCCAGGACUACCAUCCUCACAAUAACAUCACCUUUGAUGCCAACCACACUUGCCAACUGAUGACAGAUGCUUUCUGGGAGUUCAAGCUUAUUGGGUCACUGACUGCAUUUUUCAUCCCAUUAAUGAUUAUGAUGGUCAUUUACCUUCUUACUGUUCAUGUUCUACGCAAAAAGGUUAAUUUGCUCAGGUCAAAGGUCAUCCAACGGUGUAGUUACUCAACAGUCUCCACAAUUUUCCAAAAGGAAUAUCCGUUUCUGACAAACAAUGAAGAAAAACUGAACAUGCUGGAGAGGAGACUAUGUAGGAUAAUGGAAAAACCAAAUAUUAACAGAGCGAACUUCGCUCCAUGUGAUGACUCACCCGUUCGGCGAAUGUCUGCAAUGGGGAAGAAAUCAAUGCAGACACUGAGCAACGAGCAGCGCGCCUCAAAGGUGCUUGGCAUUGUAUUUCUCCUAUUUGUCGUUAUGUGGUGCCCUUUUUUCAUCACCAAUAUCUCAUCAGUGCUGUGUACGAGCUGUGAUGAUGACAUCAUUGCCCACCUGAUGGAGAUCUUCGUUUGGGUUGGCUAUGUGUCAUCAGGAAUAAACCCUUUGGUUUACACCCUAUUUAACAAGACAUUCCGACAAGCAUUUCGUCGACUCAUCACCUUCAAUUACAGAAAAUUCCCUUCACAUGGGCUUGACAGGAGUAUGAAUUCAUCACAAAAAGAUCGGACAUGUAAAGGAACUUCAGUAAGGUCUUCAGUGGCAGAAAAUUCCAAACACUUUGUGAAUAUAGGAAUGAACAACGUCACUGGAAAAGAUCUGUUUCGAAAUGGACAAGACAACCGGGUGGAACUUGCUAGUAGUGUUUAGAAUUGCUAGGCAAGACUCAACCACAGAGCUAACAGCAGGAAUAAUCCAUCAAAAAUGCAAGAAAGUCACAACAUACAUUUUUAAGAUGCAAGGAGUUCUAGUGUUCAGUGCCAGCCUUUUCAACUUACUUAGUGACAGCAGGGGACAUUACCACAUCAAGUAGAGCUGACAUCAAAAUGGAGUGUAACUUUAUAGGUUGAAAACCUUCCAUAUGCUAACACUGUCAACAAAUGACAACUUCUACAGUAUAUGAUGUUUACAUACAAGUUUUCUUUUUCCCUAGCAGACUAUGAACUAUAGUGUAUUCUCAUACACAAUUGUGUCCUGUAAAUUAACAUGUUACUGAAUUGCACUUGUAAUGCAUUUUUGCAUUUUGAAACUUGUCUUUUUAAA